ACUCCUGUCUUAAAAAAGUUAGGCUGUUUCAUUUCUAAGGCAGACGUUUGUUGCAGUGCUGAAAAGCACUAUAAUUGUCCCACCUGUUGUUUUUCCUUAUUGCUCACUCAAGCUCUUUCUCCUGUACACACAUCCUGCUCGCACACGGAAGCUGCUGGGAACAUGGCUGGUGAUUUAAUUUUGCUUGCGGCUGUCUCUCUUCUUUCCGCCUUCCAGCAAUGUCAUUUUGCUUGGCUGGUGGGGAAGUCAAGAAUGAAGCACAAGGUCAUGCCCCCAGCUGUCACUGGGGCUCCAGAAUUUGACAGAACAUUUCGGGCACAACAAAAUUGUGUGGAGUUUUACCCAAUAUUCCUGACUGUCCUCUGGACUGCAGGAUGGUUUUUUAAUCAAGAAUUAGCUUCCUUUCUGGGUGUGUUGUACGUGUUUGCCCGCUACAAGUACUUCCAUGGUUACAUACAGUCUGUGAAGGGAAGGUUAACAGGGUUUUAUUUGAAUUUGAUGAUUCUAAUUUGCUUGACAACCCUGGGUGCAGCUGGGAUUGUUAACAGCUUUCUGGAUGAAUACCUGGAUUUCAGCAUUAUGAAGAAACUACGUAAAUUGUCCUGAAGACUGGGUGGGGUUUUUUAACAUAAAUAAAUAAUGUCUAUGCUUUCCCUGAACACAAAAAAAGAUGAUAAGCUGCAUGUGAAUAAAGCAUCAGAGCUCUUU